AUGCUUGCUGACGAUGCCCUUGAUGGGGUUUGUCAUUUUAAUGUUGGACAUAGAGUUGGCCAUGGCUGUCAAGUGGUUGACUCGCCGCGGCAGCAGCUCCGCUGCCGCAGUGCCCUUAGCGGGCCUGCCCGCUCCCGGCACCGACCGCUUCUCUGGUGCCUUUCGCUCGCGGCGCCGGCAGCUCACACAAUGACCCAUAAAAUAACCUCCGCCGCGCAGAAUGUCCCCCGCUCAUCGGACCGGCGGCGGAGCGCGAGCGACCACACCAAGGCCGCCACCGGCGCUCAGCUCGUGCCCGCCAUACCCAAUACUGCAACCGCCUGCCUGACCAGCCUUGCUCCAGCAGAGCCUGUGCUGCAACCUGCAGCGACCACUUCCACACCUCACCGCCAGACCGAAGGCACCUUACACUAA